AUGAAUACAACUGCGCCUACUUCGGCGGAUGCCUGCCUCAGCAUAGUACAUUCGUUAAUGUGCCACCGUCAAGGUGGUGAGAGUGAAGGUUUUUCUAAGAGAGCCAUAGAAUCUCUUGUUAAGAAACUGAAAGAGAAACGAGACGAAUUAGACUCACUGAUAACAGCUAUCACAACAAAUGGUGCUCAUCCAAGUAAAUGUGUUACAAUUCAAAGGACUUUAGAUGGAAGGUUACAGGUGGCAGGUAGAAAAGGAUUUCCUCAUGUUAUUUAUGCAAGAAUCUGGCGUUGGCCAGAUCUUCACAAAAAUGAACUGAAACACGUGAAGUUUUGCCAAUUUGCAUUUGAUUUGAAAUGUGACUCAGUCUGUGUAAAUCCAUACCACUACGAAAGAGUUGUUUCGCCUGGAAUUGACCUUUCAAACCUCACUCUCCAAUCUGGGCCUAGUAGGCUAGUUAAAGAUGAGUACACAGCCGGUAUUGGUGGUAAUGGAAUGGAUAUGGAUACUGGAGAGUUAGUCACAAUACAGCAUCAUGCCACAAGUCCCCGGCACCCACAUACAACAAUAGCACACCAUCACCAACAAUUCCAACCAACAAAUAUUAUUAUUAAUCAAGGACAAACGCCAGAUGGCGUUCCGAACAUGUUUUCUCCGCACGGACCUCGCCCUUUACGGCCCGGGGCGCCGCUUGUACCACCACAAAUGGGACAUUCUCCUGGGCCACAAAUGAUCUCAAAUCAUCCUAACCAAAUGACACAAAUGGGUCCUGGAACACCACAGAUGGGUAGAACAACGCCCCAAAUAGGUCCUGGGACACCACAAAUGUCGGGUACACCGCAAAUGGGUCCUGGUACCCCUCAAAUGGGUCCAGGAACACCACAAAUGGGCCCCGGUACGCAACAGAUGGGUCCGGGUACUCCACAAAUGGGACCCGGAACUCCGCAGAUGGGGCCAGGUACACCGCAAAUGGGGCCAGGUACACCGCAGAUGGGGUCGAAUGUACCCCAGAUGGCCUCGCCGAGAAUGGCGUCUGCUCCAAACCAAAUGUCACCGGGGACUCCACAAAUGCCGAAUAUAAGUCAGGGGAUGUCGAUACAAAAUUCUCAACAAAUGGUAAUGGGUCAAAGAGCCAUUGCGCCAAAACUAGAACCCCCGGAUACAAUGGACGCUCGUACUAUGUGGAGAUUAAAUCAUUCUGCUAUGCCAGUCAGUAUGUCACCUGGCGGAUCUACUCCCAUUAUAGAUGGAACAAACAACACGUUCUUCACUACAGAGCAAACUGCAGCAGACACACAAUUGACACAGACUUUACCAGUCGGAUCAGUAGCAGUAUCAACAGUCAAUUCUGUGCCAGUAACUGCUGUCGCGUCUCCGAAUGAACCGCAGCAAAAUGGCUUCACAGCAACCAGCCCUCCACAACAGAGUCCGUUACCGCACCGCACACAACACCAGCAAGGUACGUGGACCGGCAACAACACGUUGACAUAUACCCAGAGCCUCGCACCACCCCCCGCCGCGCCACCCGUUCCUGUCGAUGCGCCUGCGCAUCACCAUCAUUAUUACAAUGGCAACCCAGGCGGGUUACUAUCGAGCCAACCUGCACCAGAAUAUUGGUGUUCUGUGGCGUACUUCGAGCUGGACACGCAAGUCGGCGAGACAUUUAAAGUGCCCUCCAGCCGACCCAAUGUUACUGUUGAUGGUUAUGUGGACCCAUCUGGUGGAAAUAGAUUUUGUUUGGGCGCGUUGAGUAACGUUCACAGGACAGAACAAAGUGAGAGAGCUAGGUUACACAUAGGCAAAGGUGUUCAGCUGGAUCUUCGCGGUGAAGGUGACGUGUGGUUGCGAUGUCUAUCAGACCACUCCGUAUUCGUUCAGUCUUAUUACUUGGACCGGGAAGCUGGAAGAGCUCCUGGGGACGCCGUGCAUAAGAUUUACCCCUCCGCUUGCAUUAAGGUGUUCGAUCUUCGUCAGUGUCAUAGACAGAUGCAGACUCAAGCGGCAACGGCGCAGGCCGCCGCCGCCGCUCAAGCAGCUGCUGUUGCAGGUCACAUUGCGCCGGCGCAUCCAGGAAUGAAUAAAUGUCUCUCGGCGGCAGCCGGUAUCGGUGUAGACGAUCUCAGACGGUUGUGCAUAGUUCGACUCUCGUUCGUGAAAGGUUGGGGGCCCGACUAUCCGAGAAGUUCCAUCAAGGAGACCCCAUGUUGGGUGGAAGUGCAUCUACACAGAGCAUUGCAACUGUUAGACGAAGUGCUGCACACGAUGCCCAUCGACGGGCCGCGGACGAACAUCGAGUAG